AUGGAACACAAGCAGACCGGCACAGGGUCUGAUCCCGUGCUCAAAUUGUUCGACAGGACAUGCGAUUCCAUACUUAUGGGACGCCCGAACUCCGACGAUGUCAAGAAGUUGUUGGUAAUCUUCCUCGAGGAUUGUCGAAAAUUGUCGACGUAUUUGGCACGAGAACAACGCGCGCGCUCUAUUGCGGAGUCACAGACAGCUGUGGCCACUGGAAACGCUCAGAAGGAGCUGAAGAAUCUGUGGAAGGCGGUCUACUCACUCGAUACAAUGGACUUGGGACUGGAAAUGUGGUCCUCCGUCAUCAACAAGGACGUCAAAGACCUCAAGGCCCAAUCGGCCGACGUCAAGAAGCUUUCCGACGCACAGGAAGCUAGCAAAAAGGUUCUUCUGUCACUCAGCAAGCAGGUUGAUCAAUGCCUGGCUUCUGAGGAUGACCGUCGCGCCCAGAUCGCGAAACUGGAAGAGGGUUUGGCAGGAGUUCGAGCGCUCUACAUCGAGCAAGCCCGUGCGCUUCGAGAGCUCCGCAAGGAUAUGGAAGCCUUCGCUGAGGCCAUCGAGACUUCCAAACGGAAUGGAAAUUCAAGCGACACUGCCCUCGACCCGGGAGGUGGACAUGGUCCCGCUCCGUCCGCGCCUGGAGGUCGCGACGUCAAUGGUGAUGAACAUGUUGAUCAACAACUGGGCGAUCAACCUCGACCAAGCUACGACUGGGACGACAUUCCCAACGAACUGGCCGGUGGUUCUGUCAAUGUUCAAGCCGACGAUCAAACCCCGGCGGUAGAAGAAGAAGAACAGCCUAUCAUCACCAGCCUGGAGUGCAACUCCCUGCUCAAGCCGUUCGAUCCAAAUGGAAACAUGACUUUCCCGGAAUGGCUGGAGAAGUUCGAAGACUUCCGUGAUCAGCAGAGCACGCCCUGGGCCAACGAUGUAGCCGUCAAGAAGCUCCGCAUGUUUCUAAGCGGCGAGCCUCGCGAGAGGCUGAUCAAGAUUGCUUCAGCUGCAACUGCUGGAGAAGGAGGAAACACGUUCAAAGACUUCGAGCAGAUCAAGAAGGAACUGCUAGAAUCGUUCAAACAAGACGGUGGUCAAGCAAUUGCCCGAGCCGAAUUGACAGUAAUGAGGCAGCAACAUGACGAACCUGUCAAUGCCUUCAUCCAACGUCUAAAGCGACUGGUGGCUCGACUUGACCCUGAUCUACCAGCUCCGAUAAGAGAGAAAAGGGUUUUCGAAGAGUUCAUGUCGCGUGUCAGGGACGACAUCGCGACUCCACUUCGAUUAUCCGUCCCCGAAAACUUCGAACAAGCCAAGGCAAAGGCUUUAGCCAUUGAAUCCAUCAACGCUUCCAGCCGACUCCUCGCCCGAGAUUCUAUGGCGAAUGGAUUCGCAACGAUGGUUCAAUCGCUCGCUGGUGUCAACGUCAAUGGUGACAAAGGAAAUAGCAAGAAAGGAUCCUGCUUCUAUUGUGGAAUAGAAGGACACUUUGCGAGAGAAUGCCGGAAGAAAGCCCGAGACCGUCGACAUGGUCGGGCUCCCUACUACGAAUCAAAUGGCAACCUUCGCCGACAAGGAGACUUCUGGAGACCAUCAAACAGGAAUGAAUCAUCGACAUGGAGGAGUAAUGGUCAAGAUGAACCCGCUAGACGGUCAAUAAACCUGGUAACUGUUCAAGAAUCCGUCAAACAGGAGGAUCCCGUUGUGGCAAAGACGGAAAGAGAAAAGGCGAUGGAACUCUUGAAGCGAAAACACGAAAAUCUUCUGAAGCGACACACCGGCUCUUCCAUUUAUUCGCUUCAUCCCAUGAACAUUGUGCCGUCAGUGGUGCUCCUCGUCACCUGCAUCUCUGUGCUCAGCCCCUCGGCGGAGGCAAUUCAGCCGAUGAUUUGCCAACACAAAUUUGGAAGACGGCUUGUUGGUCUACCCGAACCGCCAGAUUGCCCGCAGAUUGAUGUUCGUCCAAAAGUCCGUCCAACCUCUCUCUUGUUGGACAUCUACCGUGAGAAUGAAGACCUCAGUAGCACACCCGCUGAAGUCUGCCAAAUAUUCAUCUAA